AUGUAAUAAACAUAAGCAAAUUUAUAAGCAACAGGUCCUUUGACUUAAAAACCUUACAAGCAAUUGCCUAAAGACAAUGAAAAACUCACACUACUCGAGAAUCAGAUGGGAGACUUGGCAAAUGAUUUCGAAGAUAUGAAAAGAAAUAGAGAAGAGGCAAAAAAAUAACUGGAAGCUAAAUUUCUUGAUGUACAUAGGAAAAUUCAAAAUACUAGGGAAUUCAUCACUCAGGAGGGUGAAAGAAUUAAUAAUACUUUAAUUGCCUAUGAUUCAAAAUUUACUCAAGUGUUGAAUUAAACAAAUCAGAAAUUAUAAACCCAACAUGAAACAUUUGCACAUUAAACAGACUAAAGGAUUGUUGACGCUAAUGUUUAUCUUAAGGAUCUCACUUAAAAAUUGGAAGAAGAAAAAUAGGAAAGAAUGAGAUAAUCUGAUGAAAACCUUAGAGAAAUCAGGAAACAAUUAACCACUUUAUUUGAGCAUUAUGAAACAGAAAAAAACACUAGAGUUGAAAGGGAAAAGGAGAUCUUGAGAAAAUUGGACGACGAAGCCUAUCAAUUAAAUGAGAAACUGAGCAAUGAAAAGUCAGAGAGAAUUCUUUAAAGCAAAGAGUUAAGGGAUCACACUGAUUAAGAGAUUCAAAGACAAAGAAAGAAUAAUCAAGAUUUCCAUGUCAAAACAAUUGAUGAAUUCAAUCAUGUGGCUUACAAUUUGAAGGAAGAAAUGAACUAAAGAUUUAAUCAACAAAACUAAAUAAUAGACAAUCUAAGUAGUGUCAUUAAGACCAUCUAAGACACUUUAAAAAUUAUAGGUAAAGGUGUUAAUGAUUGA